UUAGAACCGCUAACAUCUGGUGGUAUUCGACCAACCAACAACAAUCAUCCAGCAGCCAGCAAAAGUAUUUUUAACGAAGUCAUUGAAAAAAACUAAUUUUCGCGAUUAUGUUUGCGAUACUACGUGUUUAGUACAGUUCAAAAUAGUACAAAUUAGUCAUAGGAAAAAAAUAAGUUUUUCACCUUGCAUCGAUACUACAAUAAAAAAAAAAUAAAAUAAAAAUAUAUUAACACCUACAGGGAAAUAAUGUAUAAUCAUCGCGGAAGAGGUAGAGGACGCGGUCGAGGUGUGUUUAUGCGACGUCCUAAUCGAAAUAAGGAAACCGAAACAACAACAUCGAGUACGCCCCAUAAUGACAACUCGCCAGUAUCAAUCCGUAGCACAACUGCCUCCUUAAUAAACAAAGUAACAAUUAAUUUAGAACUAGAUGAGGCAACGGAAACAUGGUUCGCCCAAUUUCGAAAUUUAUGGAAUUUUGUUAAACGAAGUCCCCCAACGAGCAAUAUGUUAACUCAACAUUUAGAUACAGUUGAAAAUCCUUACGAGCACGUCCUACGAUUAAUGUAUAACAGUUUUGAUUUUAAACUUGCUAAAAGUAAAUCGUUAACAAUGACGAUAAUGGAAGAAUUUAAAAUUUAUAGUACGGUAUCGAGAAAUCGGAUUCAUCAUUUGCUUACGUCGGAAAUAAAAAUUGCCGCUUUUAAUGUGGUUAGAAAACAAAGUCAGUUUGGAUUGAUGAAAUUAGUGGUGGAUAUUUAUGAAAUGCUGAACGACUGUGAUAUUUUUUACGAUUUGAUUGUGCAAAUGAUCGAAAAUAAAGAAUACAAAGACGCGUGUCAGUGUAGCUCCUUGUUGAGGUUACAGGAUAAAUUCGGAAUUUACGAGUUUUUAGUUCCAUUAGUACUUCAAGACAAAUUAGUUAUCGUCGAAGAAUUUUUAAACGAUAGUCCUCAUCAUCAAUAUGAUUUAGUUUCUUAUUUGGAUUCGAUUUUGGGGCAACCUUCAAGUAUAAGAAUUACAUUAGACAAUUAUAUUGUAAAACAAGAAAUUCCACAUGUUAAAUUUGAAAAAUUGUCUUAUAAACCGUGGAGAAAACUUAUUGUGAGACUUAUUAAAAUUUACAACCUUCCCGCUGACGUUUCUCCUUAUUUAAAUAAAAAACGAAAUGAAGGGGCUUUAUAUUUUCUUCUUAAUAAACGAUUUGUUGAUCAAUCUUUUGGUUAUGAGAGUUGGAGAGAAAUGGUAGAAGAAGCCGUACAAGAUGAUGAAAACCUCCAAAAAGACCUUGUAGUACAAAUAGCCCUGUUUGGGACACCCUCAGAAGCUCUAAUGUGGGCGAAUUACUAUAAAAUACCGCGUGAAGAUUGGCCCUACAGUGUACGAUUAUUUAAUGAUAAUCCGGAUAAAGAUCGUCACCAACAACAAAAUUUACAACCAGCUGUAGAAGAAAACUGGGAUACAGUUAACAAAAAAGAAAUAAAAAUGCCCGUUUUAAAAUUAAAUCUUCCGCCCGAUUGUGUUAUUUUAGUAGAUAACCCUGAAGGUUUUCGAACAUUUUUAGAUUACAUUAAAACGGAAACAUUAAUCGGUGUCGAUUGCGAAUGGAAACCAUCAUUCGGUGUUCAAAGAAACGAAUUAGCUUUAAUGCAAAUCGCUUCAAGAAGAGCUGUUUACAUUCUAGAUACGAUAAGUCUCGCUCAUCAAGCUAAUUUAUGGCAAGAAUUGGGCAAAACUGUGUUCAAUAAUUGUGAUAUAUUAAAAUUGGGUUUUUCAUUUACCGGUGACACCUCCAUGAUUCUCCAAUCGCUUCCAAGUUUAUCGUUCAAUCAAAACGGGGGCUUUUUAGAUUUGUUAACACUUUGGAAACAAAUCGACAAACACCCAAAAGUGAAAUUACCGUUUGAGGUUCAUUCCGGUGGUCCUAGUUUGGGCAUGUUAGUACAAAUUUGUCUUGGGUAUGUUUUGGAUAAAUCCGAUCAGUUCUCAAAUUGGGAAAGACGACCUUUAAGACAAAGUCAAUUGCAUUAUGCGGCUUUGGAUGCGUAUUGUUUGAUUCAAGUUUUUGAUGUGUUAAGGCGUUGUUCGGAAUCUGUUGGAUUUCCUUUUGAGGAUACUUGUUAUCAUUUGAUGACCGUUUCUAAAGGGAAAAAGAAAAAAUCGCGUACAAAUAUUGGGAAAUCAAAAGAUGGUCCAAGAAUUAAUCCCCAACCUCCAAGUCCGCAUUAUGAACCAAAACCAGCCGAACAAGUCAAAUUUGUCUGCGAUUCAAUGUUACAGGGUUUAGGAAAAAAUUUGAGACGUUGUGGAAUCAAUACUGCAAUUCUCGAGAAUAACGAAGACCAUCAAGAAUGUGUAAGAUUCUAUCAAGAUGAAAGGAGAUUUAUAUUAACACGUGGAACAGUUUUUAAUACCCUAAAUGGUUACGUGACUCCUGGUCAUUGUUUUAACGUACAAAGUGAAGACGUAGACGAACAAUUAAAGAAAGUUUUAGAAUAUUUUAAUGUAACGGUAACGAAAGAUGACGUGUUCAGUAGGUGCCAAUCUUGCAAUAGUAAUUCUUUCGUGAAAAUAUCAAAAUCGACCAUAAAUGCUAUAGCUUUAGAAGAUUCGAAAGCUAGACAACUUGAGUAUGCGGAAGCAAUCGAUUUAGCUGACGAAGCGACUGGAUUUUCUAGCGAAGAUGACGAUUUUUGUCCACCGCCGAUUUCAUAUACAAGGAAAUGGGAAACUUGUACUGAAGAGAAAAUUGAUUUUGGAUUGUGUAUGACAAGAAACGGUGCUAAAAUUCAAAUUAGGGAUGUACCUGAAGGGAUCUUGAAUAAGCACGACAUCUUUUAUAUUUGUGAAGAUUGUGGAAAGGUGUAUUGGGACGGAACGCAUUUUGAAAGGGUUCUUGCAAAUCGUCUACAAGGGAUUGUUAUGAAAUAAUUAUUAAUGUAAUUAUUAUAAUUAAUUAAUAAUACUGGAAUAAUGGUUAUUUAAAAUUUGACUA